AUGCCCAUACCUGCUGAUGUCCAGUCCCCUGUUCGUGGUGGUACUACCCCAGACUUUGGUCUGCUUUUAGCAGAUGAAGUUAAUUCUCGUGAAGAACUUUCAUGGGUGACAGCAUCUACCUCCCUCAUGGUUCCCUUACUUUUUAUUAUAUCAGUAUGCAAAGAGAAAAGCCGGCGAACUGGAAAGACGAAUUCUGUUGGCGAGGAUGAUGAUGAAUCAGAAGAAGCUGUGAAAAAAGGAAGGAGGAGAAAUGACCUUAUGGUAUAUGUUAAUGACUUGGAUGGUAAAAGUGCUAUGCCCCCCUUUAACAGAAAGGACCUAGAUGGGGAGGAAGUCGGGGAUUUCCUUUCUUCAUUGAUGGACCAAGAACUUAACACAGAAAUAUGUGAUCAGUCAGAAGAUGAAAUUGGUCGCCACCUCUGUCAGUUUUUCAAACUAUGUUCUGAUGGCAAUUCAAAUCAGGUACUAGAAGAGAUCUCAAAGAUGCCCAAUGUUAGUAUAGGAUCAUGCAAUGUUCAAGAAGAAUCUUCAGAAAUGUGUGGAGAGGUUUCCAGUAUGGCAGAAGACGUAUCUGGGUUGCAGUUGAACGAGGACGGCUGUGAGGAGCCACCGAGAGAAUUAUCAGAGUUGGAGAAGCAGCAGCUACAAGAUGAAGCAGAUGGCUGGACCGUAAAAAGAAAAGGAAAUAAGAAAAGAUAGGGUUUAUUAUAUAUCGUAUAUAAAAAUAUUUUAUCUAUUUAUUAUCAAUAAGAUGUUGUAAUUCA